AUGUCUCCUUCAGCCACUGACAAAAAACAAUCUGCUUCCGCCAGAGUGCUGGGGUCUGCCUCCGCAGGUAUCUGUGAAAUAGCUGUCUUCCACCCGGUUGAUACGAUUUCCAAGAGACUCAUGAGUAAUCAAACCAGAGUCAACAGCUUGGAAAUCUUUAACAAGGUCAUUUUCAGGGAAAAUGCCACCAAGCCAAUUGGCCAGAGACUGCUGAGUUUAUUCCCAGGUCUGGGCUAUGCUGCUUGCUACAAGAUCUUGCAAAGAGUGUACAAGUACGGUGGCCAGCCUUUUGCAAACGAGUUCCUGACUACCAACUUCAAGAAAACAUACGAGGACGCUUUUGGAGCAAAGACAGGUAAGGCGCUGCUUUCCGCCACUGCCGGAUCUCUUAUUGGUAUCGGUGAGAUCAUUUUGCUGCCUCUUGAUGUGCUGAAGAUCAAGAGACAGACGAACCCUGAAGCCUUCAAGGGUAGAGGAUUUUUCAAGAUUCUGCAAGACGAGGGGCUCGGUCUGUACAAAGGAUGGGGAUGGACUGCUGCCAGAAAUGCUCCUGGCUCAUUCGCUUUGUUUGGUGGAUCGGCUUUUGCCAAGGAAUACAUCUUCCACCUGAAAGACUACUCCUCUGCCACGUGGGGCCAAAACUUCGUUGCCUCCAUCUUCGGUGCCUCUGCUUCUUUAAUCGUCUCUGCCCCUCUUGAUGUGAUCAAGACUAGAAUCCAGAACAAGAACUUCGAGUCCAACGAGUCUGGUUUCACCAUUUUGAAGAACAUGGCCAAGAAUGAGGGAGUCACUGCUUUCUUCAAGGGACUGACUCCAAAACUGCUGACCACAGGUCCUAAGCUUGUUUUCUCGUUUGCUUUGGCCCAGACUUUAAUCCCAGCUUUUGAUAAAUUACUUAAUUAG